GCCCGCCCGCCCGCCCCGGCCGCCUCCCGCCGCCGCAGGAGCCGCGCCGCCGCCAGCCCUCCAGAGUUUGUUCCUGCAGUUAAGAGGCCAACAAGGCUCUGCUCUUUCAAGUAGGGUGAAGAAUGUUGGAAGAUUUUGAGAGGGAAAUGCGUUAAGGGACACAGCCCCAGAUAAGGCAGCCUCUUGUUCUGGGCCCUCAAGGGUCCACUCUGUGUGACAAUAUCCACCUGCAGGGUCAGCUUCUGCCCCUUGAUGCAAAACAACAAGAGAAGGAAGUUAAGAAGCUAUUCCUGUUAUUUAUCCGAUAAUUCCAGCUGGUUCAUUAAUGGACUAAGUUCCCUGGGGAGGGGGAAAACUGCUGGCAUCUGAGGUUAAACACUUCCUACAGCUUUGACAGGAAGCUGACCUGGAAGACUUGGAGUCCCAGUUAUGAGUCAAACCUGGCUCAUGAAAUGGACUAAGGCUUGAGGAGCAUCGCCUACUCCUCUGUGGAUUGAGACACAACUGGGAUGGUGGUGAGAGCAAACAACUAGAGUCCAGCUGCAGCAAUGAGUUCAGACGAGAGGGGCAUCUCCCCGGCUCAUAAAACCGCCACCCCAACCCAUCGAAGUGCCUCUUCCUCCACAUCCUCCCAGAGGGAUAGUCGGCAGGGGACCCACAUCCUGGAGAGAACAGCCUCCUCCAGCACGGAGCCCUCUGUGAGUCGGCAGUUGCUAGAGCCUGAGCCGGGUCCUCCGUCCAAGGGAUGGAACCUGGGCUUCACACAGGUGAGGCACGAGCUUUACCCUGAGCCACAUCCCGGCACAGAAAUCUAUCAUUUUUAUGGAAAUUUUAAAUCUCUUUUUCUGGAAGCUGACAGCUGGGAAAUUAUAGAAGGGCUGAAGAUAGGCCAAACCAAUGUCCAGAGACCAGAUAAGCAUGAAGGCUUUAUGCUGAAAAAAAGAAAAUGGCCUUUAAAAGGCUGGCACAAGCGUUUUUUUGUCCUGGAUAAUGGAAUGUUAAAGUAUUCAAAGGCACCACUCGAUAUUCAGAAAGGAAAGGUUCAUGGGAGCAUUGAUGUGGGACUCUCAGUUAUGUCAAUUAAAAAGAAAGCUCGACGAAUAGAUCUCGACACAGAAGAACACAUCUACCACUUGAAGGUGAAAUCCCAGGAUUGGUUUGAUGGAUGGGUCUCUAAACUGCGCCAUCACCGAUUGUAUCGACAAAAUGAAAUUGUGAGAUCACCACGAGAUGCUAGCUUUCACAUAUUUCCUUCAACUUCCACAGCUGAGUCUUCACCAGCUGCCAAUGUGUCCAUUGUGGAUGGAAAGGUGCAGCCAAACAGCUUCCCGUGGCAGUCCCCCCUGCCGAGCAGCAGCAGCCUGCCCGCCUCCUGCACCACUGGCCCCAGCAAGGUGGCAGCCUGGCUGCAGGACUCGGAGGAGAUGGACAGGUGUGCCGAAGAUCUUGCACACUGUCAGUCUAAUCUUGUGGAACUUAGCAAACUCCUGCAAAAUUUGGAAAUACUUCAGCGAACUCAGUCAGCUCCUAACUUUACUGAUAUGCAGGCUAACUGUGUAGAUAUUUCAAAGAAAGACAAGCGAGUCACAAGAAGAUGGAGAACAAAAAGUGUCAGCAAAGAUACAAAAAUACAACUGCAGGAAGGGCCACCUGUGAAGGGCCAGUUCAGCACCACCAGGCGCCGACAGAGGCUUGCGGCAGCAGUAGCUACAACAGGAAAAGCUACAUCUGAAGGACCCUCUAUCCAUUCUCAACUGCCCUCACCACAGGCUACAGCUCAGGUCCCUUUCAGUGCUACCAUGUCGCCAGUUCGCUUGCAUUCCUCCAAUCCCAACCUCUGUGCAGAUAUUGAGUUUCAGACGCCCCCUAGUCACCUCACAGACCCUCUGGAAAGUUCUACAGAUUACACUAAACUUCAAGAAGAAUUUUGUCUGAUUGCACAGAAAGUGCAUUCACUUUUGAAGUCUGCAUUUAAUAGCAUUGCGAUAGAGAAGGAGAAACUGAAGCAGAUGGUUUCUGAGCAGGAUCACAAUAAGGGCCACGGCACUCACAUGGCUCGUCUCCGACAGUCCCUGUCUCAGAGUGAAGGACCAAGCAAAUCCUGGGCACUUAACCAGAAUGCUGAACUAAGGAGUCGGUUGAACAGAAUACAUUCAGAAUCUAUUAUUUGUGAUCAGGUUGUCAGUGUAAAUAUUAUUCCUAGCCCUGAUGAGGCUGGCGAGCAAAUUCAUGUCAGUCUCCCUCUGUCACAGCAAGUAGCCAAUGAGAGUCGCCUCUCCAUGUCAGAAUCUGUCUCUGAGUUCUUCGAUGCCCAAGAGGUGCUCCUCUCUGCAAGCUCAUCAGAAAAUGAGGCUUCAGAUGAUGAGUCUUACAUCAGUGAUGUUAGUGAUAAUAUAUCUGAAGAUAAUACCAGUGUUGCAGAUAACAUUUCUCGGCAAAUCCUGAAUGGAGAGCUCACUGGAGGCGCCUUCCGGAACGGACGUCGAACAUGCCUGCCCGCCCCCUGUCCUGACACCAGUAACAUUAACCUGUGGAACAUCUUGAGGAACAACAUCGGCAAAGAUCUGUCCAAAGUGUCCAUGCCAGUGGAGCUAAAUGAGCCACUCAACACUCUGCAGCAUCUCUGUGAGGAAAUCGAGUACAGCGAGCUUCUGGACAAAGCUUCAGAAACUGAUGACCCCUAUGAACGUAUGGUUCUUAUUGCUGCAUUUGCGGUUUCAGGAUACUGCUCCACCUAUUUCAGAGCAGGAAGCAAGCCAUUCAACCCUGUCCUCGGGGAGACUUAUGAGUGCAUUAGAGAGGACAAGGGAUUCCGAUUUUUCUCAGAACAGGUUAGCCAUCAUCCACCCAUUUCUGCCUGUCACUGUGAAUCCAAGAAUUUUGUGUUUUGGCAAGAUAUCAGAUGGAAAAACAAGUUCUGGGGCAAGUCGAUGGAAAUCCUGCCAGUGGGCACAUUGAACGUCGUGCUUCCAAGGUAUGGAGAUUGCUAUGUGUGGAAUAAGGUCACCACAUGCAUACACAACAUUCUCAGUGGAAGGAGAUGGAUAGAACAUUACGGAGAAAUAACCAUUAGAAAUACCAAAAGCAGUGUUUGCAUUUGCAAACUCACAUUUAUCAAGGUUAAUUACUGGAACUCUAAUGUGAAUGAAGUGCAGGGGGUUGUGAUAGAUCAGGAGGGGAAGGCGGUGCACCGGCUGUUCGGGAAGUGGCAUGAGGGACUCUACUGUGGCGUGGCCCCUUCUGCAAAGUGCGUGUGGAGACCAGGUUCCAUGCCAACCAACUAUGAGCUCUACUAUGGCUUCACCAGGUUUGCUAUUGAACUCAAUGAGUUGGAUCCUGUACUCAAAGACCUCCUUCCACCGACAGAUGCCCGAUUCCGACCAGAUCAGAGAUUUUUGGAAGAAGGAAAUUUAGAAGCUGCAGCAGCAGAAAAACAAAGAGUAGAGGAACUGCAGAGAUCUCGAAGGCGAUACAUGGAAGAGAACAACCUUGAACAUAUACCAAAAUUUUUUAAAAAAGUGAUUGAUGCCAAUCAGAGAGAAGCCUGGGUUUCUAACGACACCUACUGGGAACUGCGAAAGGACCCUGGGUUUAGCAAAGUAGACAGCCCAGUUCUUUGGUAAACUGGGAAUGUAAAGCUAGCCAACAUAUCAUGCUCUGAAUGAAUAAAUAACUAUGCACAAUUAUGUUUCUUAGAGCUCCGCGUGGUUUCUGGGUUGACUGAAAACCAACCAUUUGCUUUUCUAUUCAUCUUUAUAAUGGACCCUCAGAAGUGCAUUAGACAAGACCCCUGACCACUUUUGGAUCCUUUCUGUUUUGCUGCAACCAUAUUCCUUAAACAACAUCCACACCCUCCUCAAAAAGCUGAAUACAAGUAGCAGAAGAUAAAACCCAAAGUUUGAAGAGUUUGUAAAGAAAAAAAAAACAUAUUGUAACUGGUGCUUACAGCUGAUGCAGAGAGUUGAAAGCAACAUGACAUAGAAACCAUGAGUUGGUCCUGUUUCCGGACGGCAUCACCCCUGAACCAUAGGAGCUCCUGGGCCAUGGCUGCCAACCUGCUCAGACUUCGAGUGUCUGUUUGAUGUGGUGUACUUGUGCCGGCCUUGUCAAAACAGCGUGAUGCUUCUCAGAACCUGUUCCAUCUGUAUGCCAUUGUUCAUGCCUUAAGAAAUGCAAAGAUGUACAAUAAAUCAUUUUCUCAAUGUGUGCGCAUA